AAGCAACAAGAGAAGGUGAAGGAGCAAACUGAUGAUGUGAACAGUAUUCUGCUAAGUGCCAUAGAUACUUUAGUUGAGCCACAACUAUUCAGCACAGAAUUAAAUGAUGUGAUAAAGAAUGUUUCGGGGUUCUAUGCAGAAAUAGAUGGCGCUAAAAAGGAAUUGCAAGAAAAACUAGCCAAUUCGUCUCGAUUUGAUGAUGAUUUGGUGCAGCAGGCUAUGGCAUAUGCACAGGAGCUUCAAAGACUUGCUGACCAGUUGGACCGAAAUUUACACAGUGUUGACACAAAUGGGUUGGUACAAAAGGCAUUAAAUGCCUCAAACGUGUAUGAAAAUAUUGCUACUUAUAUUGAGGAAGCUAAUGAAACUGCAUUACUGGCAUUAAACACAACACACAGACUCAGUGAUGCUGUAGUUGGAAUUGAUACUCAGAUCAUUUACCAUAAAGAUGAAAGUGAAAGGCUCCUCAAUCAAGCCAAGGAACUACAAGAGACAGCAGAUGCCAGUAAUGAUUUAACUGUUGCAGACACUAGUCGCCGUAUCGCUGGAACAAUUGCCAGAAAGGAUGCUCUGAAAAGCCGCUUGAUGAAAGCCAGGAAACAAAUUCAAUCGAUAGAGCAAGGUGAUAUUAGACAGCGUUUGGACCAAUCUAAACUCAUUACUCAAGAGGCUGUCAAUACUACCAUGGCAGUAACCCAGACUACUACCCCAAUGGCUAAGAGUCUGAAGAACUGGUCCCAGAACCUUCAGAACUUUAAACAUGAUGCAGUUGCUUAUGACAGUGCUGUGGACUCGGCUGGGGAUGCAGUGAAGAAUCUGACAGAGGUCAUCCCUCAGCUCCUGGAUAAACUGCGUACAAUAGACCAAAAGUUGCCAGCAAACAACAUUUCUGCCAGCAUUCAACGGAUCAGGGAGCUAAUUGCUCAGACUAGGAGUGUAGCAAGCAAGGUUCAAGUCUCUAUGAAGUUUGAAGGCCGAUCAGCUGUAGAAGUUAAUCCAAAAACGAACCUAGAUGAUUUAAAGGCUUUUACCUCCAUGAGCUUGUAUAUGAAACUUCAGAAAGACCACCCACAGCUGGCAGCAUCUCCAGAUAGAUUUGUUCUGUACCUUGGAAACAAAAAUGCAAAAGAUUAUAUGGGUCUUGCGAUCAAGAAUGACAACCUGGUGUAUAUUUAUAAUCUGGGAGGUCGAGAUGUGGAGAUACCACUGGACUCCAAGCCAAUCAGCUCUUGGCCUGCUUACUUCAGUAUCGUCAAAGUUGAGAGGGUGGGAAAGCAUGGCAAAAUAUUUCUAACUGUGCCGAGCCCUAGCAGCACAGCUGAAGAAAAAUUCAUCAAAAAAGGAGAGGUCCCUGGUGCUGACUCCCUUUUGGAUUUGGAGCCCAGAAAUACCGUCUUCUAUGUUGGUGGAGUGCCUUCAAAUUUUAAGCUCCCUCCCAGUCUGAACCUACCUGGCUUCAUUGGCUGCUUGGAACUGGCCACCUUGAAUGAUGAUAUAAUCAGUUUAUACAAUUUCAAGCACAUCUACAAUAUAAACACCACCACAUUGCCACCUUGUGCCAGAAAUAAGCUGGCCUUCACUCAGAGCCGAGCUGUGAGCUAUUUCUUUGAUGGCUCUGGCUAUGGUUUGGUGAAGAACAUUGAGAGAAGAGGAAAGUUCAGCCAGGUGACUCGUUUUGACAUAGAAGUUCAAACACCAACAGACAAUGGGCUUAUUCUCCUGAUGGUUAAUGGAAGUAUGUUUUUCAGUCUAGUGAUGCAGAAUGGAUUCCUGUAUCUGCGCUAUGACUUUGGCUUCAGCACUACCCCUGUGCUUCUUGAAGAUUCAAUGAAGAAGGCUCAGAUAAAUGAUGCAAAAUUCCAUGAGAUUUCUGUUAUAUAUCACAAUUCUAAGAAGAUGAUCUUGGUGGUGGACAGACGACAUAUAAAAAGUGUGGACAAUGAAAAGAAAGCAAUGCCAUUCACUGAUAUCUACAUAGGAGGAGCUCCUUCUGAGAUCUUGAAGUCCAGUAAUCUUAGCCCACACCUCACAGUAAAUACUGGUUUUAAGGGCUGCAUGAAGGGUUUCCAGUUUCAAAAGAAGGAUUUCAACUUGUUAGAGGAGCCAGGAACCCUGGGAGUCAGUUAUGGCUGUCCAGAAGAGUCACUUAUGUCCCGCAGAGCAUAUUUCAAUGGAGAAAGCUACAUUUCCUCCAGCCAAAAAAUGUCACUCUUUGAUGAGUUUGAAGGCGGCUUCAACUUCCGAACUUUGCAGCCCAAUGGGCUGCUAUUCCAUUAUGCUGAAGGACCAGAUAUGUUCUCCAUUUCUAUGAAUGAUGGUGCUGUGGUUUUAAAUGCUAUGGGAACUGAAGUUCAGUCAAAAGAGACACGCUACAAUGAUGGCAAAACCCAUUUUAUCAUUACCUCUGUCUCACAAGACAGAUUUGAGCUAAUAGUAGAUGACAAAAAACAUAGCAAAAAGAAUCCAGCUAGAGACAAAACAGAGCAAAAGCCUGCAAGUGCCAAGAAGUUCUACUUUGGUGGCUCUCCCAUCAGUACUCAAUAUGCCAAUUUCACUGGGUGUAUAAGCAAUGCCUACUUCAUCAGGUUGGAUCGAGAGGUUGAAGUGGAAGAUUUCCAGCGGUACCCUGAGAAAGUCCAAACUUCUCUUUAUGGAUGCCCUGUUGACUCCCCUCCAGUUGCCCUUCUCCAUAAGAAAGGAAAGAACUCUUCAAAAGCUAAAGGAAGCCAUAAUAAAAAAGUGGGAAGAGAAAAAGAAAGAACCUCAAAGGCAACUGGCCUCAAAAAUUUAGAUCAAGAAAUGAGUGUGCAAAGAGACCCUGACUGCCAGUUGUCCAAGAACCCCACGGCAAUUGAACAUGCAAACCAGUUUGGAGGAAUAGCAAACAGCCGGCAAGAGUUUGACCACAUACCAAAGAAUUUCAGUGACAGAUCACAGUUCUCCAUUAGUUUGAAAACUCACUCAUCCCAUGGAAUGAUCUUUUAUGCAUCUGAUCAAGAGGAAAAGAACUUCAUCACCCUUUUUGUUGCCCAUGGCCGGCUCAUUUUUAUGUUUAAUGUUGGUCAUCAGAAGCUAAGGAUUAAAAGCCAAGAGAAGUACAAUGAUGGGCUUUGGCAUAAUGUGAUAUUUGUUCGGGAAAAAAAUACUGGUCGUUUUAUAAUUGAUGGUCUCCGAGUAUUGGAAGAAAGUCUUCCUUCUGUUGAUAAUACAUGGCAAGUCAGUGGACCGCUUUAUAUAGGGGGUGUGGCUCCAGGAAAAGCUGUAAAAAAUAUCCAGAUUAACUCAGUCUACAGUUUUAAUGGUUGUCUCAGCAAUUUACAACUCAACGGAAGAUCAAUCACUUCUGCUUCUCAGACAUUCAGUGUGACUCCUUGCUUUGAAGGGCCAUCAGAAGCAGGAACAUACUUUUCAUCAGAAGGAGGAUAUGUAAUUCUUGAUGAAUCCUUCAGUUUAGGCCUGAAAUUUGAAGUUGUUUUUGAAAUACGUCCCCGAAGCAGUUCGGGAAUCCUAAUGCAUGGUCACAGUGUGAAUGGGGAGUACCUAAAUAUGCACAUGAAACAAGGACAGGUGAUAGUGAAACUGAAUAACGGAAUCAGAGAAUUUUCAACCUCAGUUACGCCAAAACAAAGUCUCUGUGAUGGCAUGUGGCACAGAAUUGCAGUUAUUAGAGCCUCUAAUGUGGUGCAGCUGGAUGUAGACUCUGAGGUAAACCAUGUAGUAGGACCUCUAAAUCCAAAAGCAGUUGACCAGAGGGAGCCUGUGUUUGUUGGAGGUGUGCCAGAGUCCCUUCUAACGUCCAGCCUGACCACACGCAACUCCUUCACUGGCUGCAUUCGUAACUUUGUGAUUGAUGGAAAGCCAGUGAGUUUCAGUAAAGCAGCUCUGGUCAGUGGUGCUGUGAGCAUCAACACAUGUCCAACAGCCUGAUACUGCACAGCAGCAACACUGCAAACUUCUUUACAGAACUGAAGGAAAAAAACAAGCAAAAGAAAUCAUGUUCUAUUCCAUUACUGCUGCUGGGGGAAAAUGAAAAUAUAUCAUCCAUGGGCUUUAUAUGAUAAAGCAAUUAUGCUUAGGGUCACUCACUUGAAAUUUCUCUGUGUGCAAACAAAAGACAUGAAGAGUAAACAGAAAUGUUAUUUCUACAAUGCUGUUACUAAACCACAAGAACAAGUUUCACAAUUCUUACAGUAUCUUUGUAGCAAGCCCUAUCACGCUGUCAAUGAAAUUGCUGAUGGAUUACAGAAUAAAGGCAAAUGAUUUUAAAUA